AUGGGGACCGCAAUGGCCCUGGAAGGCCGGAGCCUAGCCAUCUUUAUUGUCUCAAUUGUUAUGAUGACGCUUUCCAUUGCCACCGUCUCAUUACGGACAUUUGUUCGUUUGAAGGUUAUUCGAGCCUUCGGUUGGGAUGACGCUUCAAUGAUUACUGCAAUGUGGUGGUGGCUUGGUCAAAUGCUUUAUGUGUGGACCUCUGCUGCAGCCAAGAUAUCUAUCGCCCUUGCACUUCUUCGACUGACUAUUCGGAGAAGCCAUCGGAUAAUAUUGUGGUGCACUACAAUCGUCACAAUAUCGAUUGGGCUUAUGUUUUGGCUCCUGUUACUCUUUGACUGUUGGCCUAUCUCCUUCUUUUGGCGACAGGUGGAUCGCACAAGUCAGGGGAAAUGCCUUUCUAAGGCAGUGCUCUUGAAUUCCGCUUAUGUUUACAGCUCUUUAACAAUAUUGUGCGACCUAACGUUGGGUAUAUUGCCCGCAUUCCUAGUGUGGAGACUGCAGAUGAAUUGCCGGACAAAACUCGCAGUAGGGGGAAUUUUCAGCCUCGGGGCACUUGCUAGCGUGGCAGUGGCUGGCCGGGUCCCAUUUUUGCGAUAUUAUUCCGAUCAAAACUUUCUUUACUCCACCUGGCAGAUCGCGAUUUGGUCCGUCGUCGAGACUGGCCUUGGCAUUACAGCGGGUAGUCUCAUCACUCUCCGUCCCUUAUUCCGCUGGCUUCUGGAUGAAAACAGUGCUCCCUCUGAAGAUACCCACCAAGAGGAUCCACUAAGACAGUAUCCACUGCGACUCCUGAGCAGCGACGGCUUGAAGAAAUCCCAAGACACGAAAUACUGGCGACCUGACAUUGACCUUGACGACACUAAAGGCAUGUUGAUCACAGUGUCGUCACCAAGGAGGAAGAAAUUUAGUCUCAGCAACAGCAGCCAAGAAGCUCUGCAUGCAGAACCCAGUCCCACACUUUCGCCCAACCGUGUGACUGUCCAAAAAACAUUCAUACACGUUGUAUCCGAGCGACCAAAAUAG